CGACACGCUCCAACAUCCUCACCCAAGCUUCCACGCGCCCGUUUUGCUUGCUCGCCAGAUUCUGGAGGUGCAAUUCGUGUCGCAUAGCCCAGGAUGAUGUCAUCACAGACCGACGAGGAUCCUUUCCUCCAAGUGCAGGCAGACGUGCUUUCCGCGCUCAACACCGCGCGCCCGCUAUUCAAAUCGUAUCUGCGUAUUCGCUCCUCGGCAUCGUCGGCAAACAGUCCUGAGCUCCGUGAAGCUCGCAGUGAACUUGAACAGACACUCCAGGACCUCAGCCAGGAUCUCGAGGAUCUAGUGGAGAGCGUCAAGGCUGUGGAGCAUGACCCCUAUCGCUUCGGUCUUGAGAUUGACGAAGUCGAGCGUCGCAGAACACUCGUCAAGGAUGUCGGCUACGAGAUUGAGCACAUGCGCGAGGAACUGCAGGAGACGGUCCAACACGCGAAGAAUAAAGGCAAGAUCGCAGCCAAUGGCGAUGUUCUACCUGAUCCAGAUUCCUUCGAAGACGAAGACAACUACGCGGCAUUUGAGCAGGAAAGACAAAUGGAGAUGAUGCAUGAGCAGGACGAAGCGCUGGAUGGCGUCUUCCGUACCGUCGGUAACCUCCGACAGCAAGCCGACGAUAUGGGCCGAGAGCUCGAAGAGCAGGGCGAACUACUUACCGACGUCGACAAUGUGGCAGACAGGGUGGGUGGCAAGCUGCAGACAGGCCUCAAGAAGGUUGGCUGGGUCAUCAAGCAGAACGAAGACACAUGGUCCAGUUGCUGCAUCGGCGUUCUCAUCUUCGUCCUCAUUCUCCUCCUCGUGCUGCUCUUGUUCCUAUAAACACACAGAAAUACCCACGCCUACCUCAGGCACACACGGAAGCCGCGUUUCCGAGCCCCAACGCCGAAACAUCAGCACCGGCCAUUAUACGUCUCCCCUCUCUGCAC